AUAUGGCGGCAAUGAGUUCGAGCAGGUGCCCGGGAGUUGGUGAAUUUUGAUGAAUACAUGCAUACGAAGCUUUCAUGACAUGUAAUGGUAUGCAUACAUGUAUCUUGUGAAGCUGGUGAAAAGUGAUGUAUUAUGGAGCAGCGUGUAACAGAUUCACCCAGAUCAAGAGAACUAAAAGCUAUUCGAUUGAAGCGACUGGCUUAUUUUAAUGCACAACAAGGCAACAGUAGAAAUGCAACAGUUGCAGAGAAUUCACAUAAAAAUGAGUCCAGGUCAGAACUCAAUAGAUCGGGCCUUAAGUCCAUCCAGACAUCCAAGUAUUAUGACAGAGAGAAUAGGAGGGACGUAAAUGUAAACUCUUCUCCAAUGAAUAAAAACACAAGUACAAACCAGUCGAGGAAUCCAUAUAGGAAUUCAAAUGACCACAUUCGAUCAAAUAGCAAAGCAAUAAAUGAGAGCUCUACUAAACCAACUCGGAAGCUUGAUUUUUCAACAACAAGAGAAGCUCCCUAUCAUGGUAAUGUGGAAGAGAAACAGCAGUUUAAUGGUGUCAAAAGUUCACCUUCUGUCAAAUUAAAAAAGAAGUCCCCAAACAAAGAAGCUGUUGAAGAAAUAUUCCUAUCUUCAUCGCGAGGGACUCCUGUAAAGCAUAAAACAAACACCCCAAGACCAGAAUCUCCAGAAAAAAUGCGGAGCUAUUUUAACAAGUCUACAAAAUUUGAUGAUGAUGAAGAAGACGAUUUAGGACUAGAAACUCAUCGCCCAGACUCUGACAGAUCAGAAGGGAGUCAAUACAUGAUGCAUAAGGGACCAGCAGGUCUCAGAGAAAAUGUCAACUUACAGUAUGAAGAUUUCCAUCAUGCAACAAGGCAGACCAGUAAAUUUGGCCAAGAGUAUAAGGUUGUUGGUGACAGUAACAGGCAGCUACAUGAUGAAGCCCCUGUACCUACUGCAUGGCCUAGUCAGCUAGUUAGAGAUGAUGUUCAUCUGAGGCAGCCUGCUCAAGGUCAUGGCAACUAUGAGACUUCAGAAUGGCAAAGAGAUAAUGGACGAAAUGCUGAAGGUGAUCAAGGUGGACCAGAUGAAGCAGAAAACAUCUUAGAUUUUUAUAAAAGAAAAUAUGGCAUUGGGGUUCAACAGACAACAAAACCGAAAACCACAAACUAUGACAAGAAUCUGAUGGAACAACCUAAAUUGAUUGACAAAUAUGGACAGAUAGUAAAUCAUAUACUGGAAAAAGAGGCCAAGGCAAAACAGGAAAGGGAAAUGGAAGUGUUUAAUGAGUUUUAUGAAAAAGGACUGAAAACAGCUCUUGGUGAUGAUAAAUAUCAAGAGUAUACCGAAAAAAAGAAAAAGCAACAGCGCUAUCAUGAUGAGCCUGAUUUGACAGAUAUUAGAGUUUCUGCAGCUUGGAAACAGAGACAGAAUACCAGAGAGGAUUAUUAUCACAAAUAUUCUUCAGAUAAAGCCAGUCAAGUUCCCAAGGCAGUAGAUCCAUCUUAUUACAAUGGAGCUGUUUGCCACGAAAGCAGCAUAGAGCAAAAGAAAAGUAACCAUGUAGAACACAGAACUUAUUCAGAGGAAGCACAUAGACAUUGGAACCAGGGACAUUGUUCAGAUGAAGAACAACUACAAAAUGAAUACAACUACAGUCAACAUACCCAUAGUGUUCCUAAGAGCCCAAGAGAUAAGUUCAUAAACAAACUACAGCAAUAUGAAUCACAAUCACAUCAUAUGCCAUAUUAUGUAUCUGGGAAAACUGCUGAUGAGGGAGAAGAGAACCUUGAAUUGAAAACUCAUAGACCAGGUUAUGACCCAAAUGAUGAAUUUGAUGCCAUAUUUAGAACACCUCCAACGAGUCACCAAGCUGCCAACCCUACCAUUUCCAAACAAGCUAAGAAUUUUGAAGAGAUACUUGUUCCAGCUAUUUCAGCAAAUGUUGCUUUUUCAGCUGAAGAAAUCUACAAGCAGGCAGAGAAAUUUGGAACAGAAGACGAUAGAGAAUUUAGGAAGGUAAAACCAACCAUGAAGCCAAAAGGAGCCAAGCAGCAUUUGAAAAAUCAUGCUCAGCCAGAGAAAUAUGAAUACAAAAGCUUUAAGGAAGCAAAAGAAGAUGCAUUGUUAAAUCAAAAGAAUGCAGUACCCGAGACCCAAACAAAAUUACCGCAAUGGGAUCCGAUCCAAUAUGAUAGUUUCCUAAAGAAAGUGAAUGAAGAGUUCCCAGGACCAGGAGGGCCCUCUCAGACACAGGGUUACCCUCAGAUAGACCCUCCAACCUAUCACAGUAUAUUUGGCAGUGGGAUGCCCUCCCCUAGGAGACACCAGAGAACUGUCAGUGCCCCAGAGACACCCAGGAAGAAUAUGCACCUGGAAGCUGUUAGACAACAUCAUCAGCAUAAAAGAAGCACAACAAAUGAGCAGAGUGCAGAUGCUGGUAAUACAGUUGAACAGGGGACCCUAACUCCAGCCUUCUCCAACUCAUCUCUGGACAGAUACUUCUCCUCUCUCAAAGAGAUCAGCAGAGAUGGAGAAUCUUUCUCUGACAACUUUGAACCUAUUCCUGAGCAGAAGAUAGACCAAGAUGAGGCGGCUCUUCAUGAGAGUGAUGGGGAGUUGAGGAGGAGUCACGAGGUUCUGGAAUUGGAGAGAAGCAUCAGGGUUGGUGGAAUUACUGAGAGGCUUCAACGAAUGGGAAUUGAUCUGACAUUCCUGAAAGAUAAGGGUCAAAAAGAGCCAAAAUCGGCAGACAAAUCAUCUGACAAUCAGCACAGUGGCAAACAUGAAAGUAAGGUAGACAGCACAAAUUCUAGUCCUCCUCAGGAAGUUUUGGUAUGUCCAGAAUGUGCAGCAUUGAAUAAGACGUAUCUCAGUUGGUGCAUAGAAUGCAGCUGUGUAUUGAUAGGUGUGGAACCAGUACCAGUUAAGCAGAAGAAAUCUAAAAUCCCUGUUAGAGCUACUGAGAGCUCUAGUGUAGCAACUGCCAAGAUGCUUAAAUCUUCAUUGGAAGCUUUUUCCCAUCACAAGGCUCAAGAGAAAGAAAAUGAUUCUGAUAUCCAACUUGAUGGAUGGUUCAAGCCAAGAAAUUUUACAGAGGACAGAAAACAAGCUUCAUACCAGGAUGUUGCCAAGGAGAAAGAAACCCCCCCAAUUAGCUCUGAUUUGGUUGAAAAGGAAGAACUGAAGAAUCACCUACCAUCACAUUUGUUUAAAGCUGUUGAUGAACCAAACCAAGUUUUAUCUCCCUUUGAAGAAACUAGUUCUCUCAAAAACGAAACUUUAAAAUCUGAGCUUUCUCUUGAUUUAAAUAUGGAUGAAUCCCCAGAAGAAGAUGAUGAAGAUGGCGAGAAAAAAGAUAGCCACUCCCAAUUUUUAAACUAUUUUCAAAAACAGAAGGAAAAGCACAACAGAACAGUUUCUCAAGACAGUGAAAUUGAAGUCAUUGAAAGAAACAGCAAUAGUAACUUUGCCAUUAGACAGUCUAAUGAUGAUGUCCCAAAUCUAAAUCUCUCAGACAGUGACAAAGACAGGGACCCCAUUUCUGACACAGAUGAUGAAGCUGAAGAUAAAGGCAAUAAUGUAGGUGUAAUACCACCACUAGUUAGCCACCAAGAACAAGCCCACCUUGAAGCUGUGGGUGGAGUGAACCACCUCAGUCAGGGUGGACUAGAAAGUAGUUCAGGUCCCAAUGAGCCAGAAUCAAAUGCAUUCCUAGAGAAACUCCAGGACGACCCAAGAGUAAAACUUGUUCCUAAGAAAUCUGGAGACAAGUUGUCCGGCAAAUCGAAACCCAGAGCAGUGCAGAGCAAGGUAAAGGCAUCCAUUGAAAAUGAGCCCUAUAAAAGAAAAUGGGCAAGGUCCAGUUUGGCUUGGUCAUCUUACAAUCCCGGAGAAAUCAAGCCAAGGUCCAGUCUACAGCCUAGUCCAUCUCCAGGUCGACCCAGCAGUGCUAAAGGUCAAAGGAGACCCCAGGGGAAGAGCAGUGACAGCAAUGUGGAUACAGGGAGCUCUACAGAGAAUAUAGCUCAUAGGAAAAGACCUUCGAGUGCAGUGGUGAACAGCAGUAGUCGCGAAUCUAGUCAUAAAAGACCUUCCAGUGCAGGCAUAAACAGAAGCCAAGACUCCAGCAGGCAGAGACCUACUAGUGCCAAAACGCCUGCUGGAUCGCAGAUUGACCGAGUGUUGGACUCUGAAGUGAGAAACAGUAGGAGUGUUGGUGAUGUGAGGCUGAGGAGACCAACCAGUGGUGACAGAGGAAUGGGUGGAGUAGACAGCAGUAGACAGGCUGGCAGUGGUGGAGCAAGACCCAAGAAUAGUGGGAACUUGGGUGGAGACAGACCUAGAAGUGGUCAAUUCUCCCCGACUCUUUCAAGGAGAGGUGACAGACCCAGGGGUGGUAACUACUCCCCCUCACUUUCACACAGGGAAAUAGGCCAGGGAGAUGGUGCCUUUUCUAUCAGACCAGCUCUUGUGUCAUCAGGGAUAGCAAGUGCAAGAACAAAAAGUGCAAUGCAGACAUAUGACAGAUAUAUUGAAAUGAGUCCACGCAUCUUGGAAGGUGACUUUUCCAUGUGGCUGUGUCUCCCUGAUGAGAUAUGGCUACAUAUCUUCUCUUUCCUGUCACACAAAGAGUUGAACAGAUGCACUAAAACAUGCAAACAUUUCCACAGAAUAGGCAGUGAUGAUGCCCUGUGGAAGCACAUCUGUAUAGAGAAGAAGCCACACUUCUUUGAUGAGUGGUUGGUUGAGAUAGGCCAGCACCACCCCUCUAGGCUGUCCCUCAUACAGUGCCUGGGCAAUGGGGUGACAGUCACUGGCCUCAGGGAGCUCUUCAGGCACUGUGCAACAUCACUGCAGCUGUCAGAUGCCUGUAUUGUUCAACUGUCUGAGAGUUUGUCCCAGAUCAGGACCUUGGAUCUCAGGGGGUUAAAACAGAUAAAAGACAACUGCAUUAGGAAGAUAGUAAGGAAGUGUCCACACCUGAACACCCUUGUGCUGGCCAACUGUCUCAGAAUCACUGAUGUGGCUUUGAUUGAGGUCUCUACAUAUGCACCCCAUGUCAAAUGGUUAGAUGCUAGUGGUUGUAGGAACAUCUCCAACCAAGCCAUAGGUGCUGUCAGUAAGAACUGUAGAGGUCUGGAACACCUGGAUGUCAGCUCUACAGGAAUCACACAUCUUAGUGUGAUCAUGUUGGCCAACAACAGCAAUGAGACCCUACAAAAACUAAAAAUUAGCUUCUGCCAAGACAUCACGGAGUCCAGCAUUGUCAAGCUGGUUAGGAACUGUAGGAGGUUGGAUACGCUCCAUUUGUAUGGAUGCAAGGGGAUUCGCUCACUAGACAGGGUCUUAGAGAUCAAACCUGGCCUGAAAGUGGAAAAAUAGACCAGCAUAUUGACCAACUAGAUUUUCACAUAAUGUAUAAUCCGUCCAGUUUCUAUGAUCAAAGUGAUAGGAGCUUAUGCCGUUACUUGUGAUACAUCUUUUUGACUCUGUGUUAUGUAUUUCAGUUCUUUGAACAGUCUAUUAAACAAACAUCAGUAAGUUGAAAUCCAAUUUGUAAGAUUCAGAUUGAUAUUUAUAUUUUAAAUGUCUACUUUUUAAUAUAUAUCUUAAAAUAGAAUUGCUAUUUUGAUAUACACUGUGAUAUGCGGAAUAUUUUUGAAAUUAUUUCUUGUACUACUUAUUUAUAAGCUGAAACUUUAUUAUGCAAAGCCAAUUAUUUAAAUUGAGAAGUCGUUUUCUGAUACAUUCCUUUUAAAACAUAAUUUUUAACACUGGCAUUUGUGUAUAUUCAAAAUGUCCGAUUUCUCAGAAAAUUAUGUAGUGAAUCUAGAAACAUUGCAAUAUAUAAAGCACAUGCUGAGAAUGAAAAUUUUACAGCCUCUACUUAAAUUACAAGCUUUUAAUGCAUUUAGCAUGCCAAGUUCUUCUGUAUACUUUUCCAGAAAUAAAAGCAAUA